CGCGCGCAAGGCCGGGACCAGAGGUGCACGUGGCUCCGGGAGUGAAGAGAAUGUCUUUUCGAGGCGGAGGUCGUGGAGGCUUUAAUCGAGGUGGUGGAGGUGGCGGCUUCAGCCGUGGCAGCAGCAGCAACCACUUCCGAGGUGGAGGUGGAGGCGGUGGCGGAGGCGGCGGCAAUUUCAGAGGCGGCGGCAGGGGAGGAUUUGGACGAGGGGGUGGCCGCGGAGGCUUUAACAAAGGCCAAGACCAAGGACCUCCAGAACGUGUAGUCUUAUUAGGAGAGUUCCUGCAUCCCUGUGAAGAUGACAUAGUUCGCAAAUGUACCACAGAUGAAAAUAAAGUGCCUUAUUUCAAUGCUCCUGUUUACUUAGAAAACAAAGAACAAAUUGGAAAAGUGGAUGAAAUAUUUGGACAACUUAGAGAUUUUUAUUUUUCAGUUAAAUUGUCAGAAAAUAUGAAGGCUUCAUCCUUUAAAAAACUACAGAAGUUUUAUAUAGACCCAUAUAAGCUGCUGCCACUGCAGAGGUUUUUACCUCGACCUCCUGGUGAGAAAGGACCUCCAAGAGGUGGUGGCAGGGGAGGCCGAGGAGGAGGCCGAGGAGGAGGUGGCAGAGGUGGUGGCAGAGGCGGUGGUUUUAGAGGUGGAAGAGGAGGUGGAGGUGGGGGCUUCCGAGGAGGAAGAGGGGGUGGUGGUUUCAGAGGGAGAGGACAUUAAGUGAAAUAGUUGACAGACAUCACCAGUUGACUUCUGCAUAAACCUGCAUGAUCUGUUUCUACUGUGGAUUGGAAACUUGUUUCUUGAGCAAGUCUUGAAGAUCUUGGUUGUUUUAUGACAAUGGAUCUAAAAUGUCAGCAUUACACCAAGUGCAACGGAAUAGUGGAUUUUGCUCUAAAAGAGCAUGAACAAAUCUUUUUAAUGUUUUGUAUAGUGCCUGGCACUCUGUGGGUGCUUAAUAAAUGGACAGGAGUUUUCAUUUGAAGCAUAUUUGAAUUUUUAAAAUAAAGUGUUUAUUCCCUGAAAAAAAAAAAA